AAAAAACAUCCUUUGGCCAUGCUCUGCUUUGGACUAUUACGUGGUAAGAGUAUGAUUCUUGCAAGCGUAGCGUGGCUUGCCCUCAAAGCUCAGCGUUCCAAUAUUUGCAGGUGGCACCUAUUGCGUGUGGAGCAAGUUACAUGCCACCCGCAAUUAUUGGGGUUAAGUGGCGUCACGUUCACUACGAUUGCACCAGGGCGUCCGUGCAUGUUGGCUUGACACUUUUCCUUGGCGCUUGCCAUUUUCCAGUGCGUCUGCGGAGGCAUUCACAAAAGCACCGUCAAGUACCAACAACCAUGGCAACGACGUCACACUUCUGGGACGAAUGGGAACACAACUACGCACCUGUCGGCAAUGACAUCACGCUGCACUACAUUGACGUCGGUCCUCGUGACGCCACCCCCGUUGUGCUCGUCCACGGUUGGCCCGAUCUAUGGUUCGGGUGGCGAUACCAGAUCCAAGCGCUGUCCAAGACGUACCGAGUGAUCGCGCCGGAUAUGCGGGGAUUCGGUCGCAGCUCAACCCCUCAGACUGUCGAGGGCUACGGCACCAAGAAGGUGACGGGAGACCUUGCCGGACUGCUGGACUUCUUAAACAUCCCUCGCGCUGUGUUUGUGGGUCACGACUGGGGUGGUGCAUUGAUCUGGCGCAUGUGCAUGUUCCACCCGGAGCGCGUUAUCGCCGCCUGUGGCAUCUGCACGCCGUACUUCCCUCAGGGCGAUACCUGCGUCGACUACGACAAGCUCAUCCCGGCGAUCCCGCAGUUCUCGUACAUGAAGCUGCUCGGAGACUCGAAACGAGCAGCCAAGCUGCUAGAUAAGGAUCCGCGUCGUAUCUUCACGGCCAUGUACCGCAAAUACGAUGAGUUCGCGGACGACUUUGAGUUUUUGAAGAUGGUGGAGAACGUCAAUGACUCUGCAGACCCCGUGUACACACAGCGGUCUGAGUUGCUGUCUGACGCUGAGUUAGACUACUACGUUGCGGAAUACUCGCGUUCGGGUUUCUUCGGAUCGUGCAGUUACUACUCGCAACGCAAGCGUGACUUUGAAGAUGAGAAGGACCUGCCUCGAGUGAUCAAACACGACGCUCUCUACAUUGGUGCUGUGGACGACCCCAUUCUUAAACCUGAGUUGGCGGCAGGAAUGCCUCGCGUGAUGCCCAACCUCAAACAGGAGCUGGUGCACGGCGGUGGUCACUGGCUGUUGUGGGAGAAGAAAGACGAGGUGAUCGACAUCUUGCAGCGCUGGCUGAAGGAGUUGGAAUUGUCUAAGACUGCGGCAGCUCUAUAGAGACAGAGUGCAUUCAGACGAAUAAAACCCAUCAAAUUUUUAAUCAG